AUGUCGGACAACAAGUGCCCCACAUGCGGAAAGCGUGUCUAUUUCAACGAGAGACUCACCUUUGCUGGUCGUGACUAUCACAAAAUCGGCUGUUUCAAAUGCACAUCAUGCCACAAGACCCUCGAAAUUUCAAAAGCCAGAGAGUCGGACGGAUUACCUUAUUGUGUCAACUGCCAUACUCAAAAACAGGGCUUAAAGGGUUUCCAACCAGGAAAUGUAUUGACCUCUUACACCGGAUACGGUGGAGGAAGUGGAUCAACUGAUAACACUUCAGUUGUUGGUGGUAAGGUCGCAGAAGCCGCUGCUGCUGAAGACGCCGAACAAAGAAGAAAUGCUCCAGCACAAAAGGUUGCUCCAAAGGCCGCUCCAGUUGCUGGUCCAAAGUUCUGCCCGAAUUGUGGUGCGAAAAACAAUGGUGGCAAAUUCUGCCCAGAGUGUGGUGCUAAGUUCUAA